ACAGACAUAAGAAAAAAUAUAUAGAAAAAAGGAAAAUUACAAAAUCUAGAAUAAAUAUAUGGUGGCAUUAAAAAAUACAUGGUAUAGGCCUAAUAAUCAUAUUCACAAUAUGUUCAUAUUUUAAAUAAUACACUUCUAUUUCUGUCAUGACUGUAUAUUUAGAUUAGAUUCAACUUUAUUGUCAUUACACAUAUACAAGUACAGUGUAACGAAAUGUAGUUUAGGUCUAACCAGAAGUGCAAUUACCAAGUGCUGGAUAUACAGUGUGAAUAAAUACAGAAUACAAUUAGGAAAAAUACUAUACAAUUUACGCAUCCUGCAUAAAGUAUAAAAAUAUAUAUGAAUGACUCCAGAAUGUCCCACAUUAAUACAUUUUACAGUAUACAAAAUAACCCAUAAUGCAUUGAACUUCGCCCUCUCUUUUUGUAACAAAAGUCUCAAAUUAAUAUUACCAGCAACGUUUUGAAGCCAUUAAACUUAUUAAUUUAAGUCUAUGUGUUAAAAUCUCUCAACGAGUUUGUACUAAAGUAAAUAAUUACUAUAUUACUAUUAAAAUAUUUCUGCUCUUUUUUCUAACAGCUUUAAAACAUUAUGCAGUUCAAUCUUGCCACGUAUACUCAGAUCUGAAUGACUGUAUACGAUUUUGGCGGCAUCUAGCGGCCUUCGUUGAAACUGCUUAAAAGAUCACAGACUGCCUAAAUAAUUCAGCAAAAUCUCAACAAUCUGGUUUUAGCUGGUAAAACCUAAACUUGUGAAUCACACUGAAGACAUAAAACAAGUUUGUUUGACUUUUGUCUGUAACUCAGAAUAUUUUAACUUCAACCCACAAAACGAGCAAAUGUCGUGGUGAACGUCACAGUGUUUGUUUAAACAUCUACAGUCAAUCUUUAUGCUUUAUAAGUCUAAACUUUCACCCACUCAUUAAUAACAUCAACUUUUUAACAAUAAAACCAUUAGAAUUUCUUCGACGGUUUCUUCAAGCAGGGAAUGUAGACUACUUCGUGUUAACUUUAUUACUACGUUAUAAUGUAAUUGUAUAUAUGAGAGCCAGAAUAAAAAAAAUCUUUGAAUCGGACUGAACUACGAGCGCAGAUAUAGUGACGUACAGUUGCUUAUGUUUGUAUUGCGACUGUUAUCGCACGAAAUCGGUUCAGAUUGGAUGGAGCUCUGAAUCCGUUAACGUGCGAGCAACUCCUCCUUCCGCACGUCCGACCUUUGAAAUCUCCGUCUCUCUCAUCAUGGCUCCGGCGGCGGACAGGCUGGGCUACUGGGGAACGCCGACCUCAACUCUCGACUGGUGUGAGGAGAAUUAUGUGGUGUCGUAUUACAUCGCAGAAUUCUGGAACACGGUCAGUAACCUGAUUAUGAUCCUCCCUCCAAUAUAUGGAGCCAUUCAGACGUAUAAAGCCGGACUGGAAACACGUUACGUUUUGUCGUUUUUAGGACUUGCAGCGGUAGGCAUCGGCUCAUGGAGUUUCCACAUGACGCUACAGUAUGAAAUGCAGUUGCUGGACGAGCUGCCGAUGAUCUACAUCUGCUGCGUCUUCGUCUACUGUCUAUACGAGUGCUUCAAGCAAGAAGGUGUUAUUAACUAUUUCUCAAUAAGCCUUUUGCUGACCUUCAGUAUUACCGUUAGUGUGGUUUACCUGCUAUGGAAAGAGCCGAUCUUUCAUCAGGUCAUGUAUGCUGCACUGAUGAUUUUCUUGGUGAUUCGGUCUGUUUUUAUAGUCACAUGGGUCUAUCCUUGGCUCAGAGCCCUGUGCUUUAUAUCUUUAUGUGUCUUCCUGCUGGGAUUUGUAUUAUGGAACAUCGAUAACAUCAUGUGUGACUCUCUGAGAGCCACACGGCAACGUCUUCCCCCUGUCAUUGGGGCGGUUACACAGCUCCACGCUUGGUGGCAUAUCCUAACAGGCCUGGGCUCGUAUUUGCACACACUUCUCAGCCUACAAAUUCGAUCGACCUACCUCAAGCACAGACCAAAAGUUAAGUUUUUAUGCGGGGUUUGGCCGGUGCUGCACAUUGAAUCACAGAAGACGAGUUGAAAGGGAAACGAGAGGAGGAUAAUAGACCAAUCAGAGACCUUGUACAAGAGGUACAGCCAAUCAGCUUCAACAGCAGCAGCAGGAAAUGACCAGUGGCUAUCGGUUUGGUUCUCCCAUUCCCCUCCGGCUUUGUUGGACAAGUGCAUUUAUGAGAAUGCUGCCAUGGAAGGAAGCUUUUUUAGUUUAUUUUAAAUUAGAGAAUUUUGUUGUUGUUCUGUGAUUUAUUUGCACAAUGUGUUAUUUGCAUAAAUUGUUUUACAUAUGAGGGCCAAUUGUAAAUUUUAAUGGAAAUAUUGUUUACAGUUUAAAGUUUCUUUAAAUAAUAAACAAUAGAUGGUAAUACGUUACAAAAUACAAAUGAAUUAAAUAAGUUAUACAACAUGCAUACAAGAAUACAUAAAGUAUACAUUUCAAGCCCCUCGUGUCGCCGAUAUGCAACUGAAUCAUUUCAGUUCAUUCAAAAUGUUCAUGAUGAUUAUAAAGAGAGCAUUAACAUAAAUAUGUUUCUGUAAUUUUAUGAAGGUUUAAUCAUAAACCUACUAAUAAACAUUGGGCUGCAGGUUUCAAGACA